AGCAGAAAUUUCAGCGAAAACUCUUCCCACGCAACAAUCGAGCAGGAAAAUGUAUGGAGAUCUGUCAAAUUCCGUGUUGUUUGUAUGGACGCAGUACCAACGUCAUUGGUUUGGAAGCUCCCUUCACCUGGUUUCGCUUUGUCUGCCCGGUUCCCCGUCCUGAGCGUGUUGCUUCCAUACGAGUUUCAACUUGUCGCCGGUAGCUUCUUACUCCUCUUACGAGUUGUUUUUUCUUCAACGGUAGUGAGUGGUUGUGCAUCAGCCAUUUUCAGUGUUUUGUUUGGUGCAAUCAAUACUGUAGUGAAUAUUUGUUUGGCGUUUAUUUUUGUUUUGGUCGUACAAAUCAACUAUUUCAUCGAAGUUUCAGGCUUAUUUCAAGCUAACACAAGUUUCGAAAGCGAUAUGUACUCAAAGAAAUUGAGAAGAUCGGGGCAAUUCGCUAAAAUUCGCCGAGUCAACCAAACCAAUUUUGAACGUGAAAUGCAAGCAUUGAUGGAUCCCUCACCUGGCCCUUCAGUUGUUCCUACUUCGAUUGAAGAAGACUUUGGCAUGCCAGAAGGCAUUGAUAGUGAUACUCAACUUUUGGAAGAUGAUGAAGACGUGGAAUCUAUUCCGUCAACUAAUACUGAUGCGGAGAGUGAUACCGAAGAAGAAAGCGAAAAUGACUUCCAAAAACCAUUUGAAACACUUCUUAGACUAUGGGCUCUUUCAUGCAAAGUUCCGCUAACAACUUUAACCAAACUGCUGAAAUUGCUUAGUCAUAAAACGGAUUUCAACCUGCCUAAAGACGCCAAAACGUUUUUAAAAACUCCUAUUCUUAUUGGCAAUCAAAUAGAAAAUGUGGCUGGUGGACAAUUAUGGUAUCGUGGAGUCGAGAAAACCCUAAAACAAUAUUUUUGCCAAGUUACACCCGCAACGAGCCUAAUUAAUAUCAAUCUUUCCAUGGACGGAUUGCCGUUACAUAACAGCGGGCCAACACAAUUGUGGCCGAUUUUAAUGACGUUGCCGGAUUUUGAUCCAAUGCCAGUGUUGGUGGUAGCCAUUUUUUGUGGAGCAUCAAAGCCAGAAAAUGCUGAGGGCUAUCUUCGUCAAUUGGUGGACGAACUAAACCAUCUAUCAGACCAAGGAACCAUUAUUAAUGGAAAAAUGAUAGAUAUUCAGUUACGUGCAAUAAUUGCUGAUACACCUGCGCGCUCGUUUUUAAAAGGAGUUGCGUAUCAUAAUGCAGUGCACGGAUGCAUAAAAUGUAAGAGUCUAGGCACUUUUAUUAAAAGCGCACGAAAGGUUGUUUAUAAAAGUGUUCAAGGUGAACCUCGCACUGACAAGGAACUAAAAGGCGGUGUGUACAAAGAACACGUGAAACGCACAUCUCCACUAUUUUAUUUGAAUUACUUUGAUCUUAUUGUUGGUUUCAUUAUCGCUGAUCUACUUCAUCUUAUAGAUAUAGGAGUAUUUCGUAAAUUGAUACAGGGUUUUGUCACUGGCGCCCUCAAGCCUUUUCCAAAAUGGUCACCAGAACAACAAUCACAGGUGCACGUGCUAAAAAAUCCCUGUCUAUUAGAAUAUCUAAUGCAUCAUGCAUUCUGUUUUCUAUGUCUUGUUCUGUAA